AUGCAGCCGCCGUACUACGGCCCUGGCGCACCGAAUUACGGUGGUCAGGAGCAGUAUGCGCAACAACAGGCUCAACCUGGCGGCUACCAACAAGAUCCGCGGCAUCAGGGGGGCUAUGCAGACAACAAGAUGGCUCUGGCUCCCAACGACUAUCAAGGCGAACGCUUCAAGCCAGCGAGACCCAAGAUCCGUGAUCCCUUCUUCGCUCUGCUCUUCAUCAUUGUCUUCCUGGGAUACACAGGUCUUUCGGUCUAUGUCCUUCGCGAGUAUGCGAUCAGCGGCGUUUCUGGAGGUCUUGGGGGCAACACUGGCGCAUCGGGUACUCUCAACAGUCACACCGCAUUGCUCCUGACCUUCAGCUGUGCGCUUGCUCUCGUUCUGUCCGGCCUUUACCUGCUGCUCGUCCGUGUUGCUACCCGCUUCAUCCUGGAGAUCACAUUGCUGCUCUCGGUCAUUUCCUCGGUGGCAUACGCUGCUUACCUCUGGUACGAAGGUUUCACCUCUGCAGCCAUCAUGGCCACCAUCUUUGCCGUCUUGGCCGUCGUAAGCUACUUUUUCAUGCGGAGCAGGAUCCCCCUUACCCGACUCUUGCUCAAGACGACCAUUGAUGCUACCAGAGUGUACCCAUCUGUGUACUUGUGGGCUCUCACCGGUCUCGUUGCGCAGACGCUGUUCAGCAUUUGGGUCUCCUGGACCCUCAUUGCUGUUUACCAGCGCUUCUCGCCGUCAGGCGCUGCUGCAGGCAGCUCGUCGUCCAGUGGAGCAGUCACUGGACUGGUCGUCUUCAUCGGAUUUGCUUUCUACUGGAUCUCAGAGACGAUCAAGGCUAUCUUCUUUUCGACUGUCUGCGCAAUCUUUGGCACCCACUACUACUCUCUCGACAAUCAAAAGCAGCGCGGCGCUGGCAUUAAAGCUUUCGGACGCGCAACUUCCUUCUCGCUCGGCUCACUUGCCUUCGGCUCGCUCAUUGUCGCCAUUCUUGACAUAAUCCGUGGGCUGGUCUCCAUUAUCCAGCAGACGGAAGCGUCACAGGGCGACAUGGUGGGAGCAGCCAUUGCCUGUGUUGCAGGCUGCAUCAUCAGCUGCAUCGCCUGGCUCAUAGAAUUCUUCAACAAGUACGCACUAAUCAAUGUCAGUCUGUAUGGCAACAGCUACAUCACGGCCGCCAAAGAGACUUGGAGACUCAUGAAGGACCGAGGCAUCGAUGCUUUAGCAACAGACUCGCUCGUCAACAUCGUUUGGACCUACGGCUCAAUUGUCGUGGGUAUCCUGGUGGGCAUCUUUGCCUAUGUCUAUGAGAAGCAGACCGACCCCGAGGCGCUCAACCAGACAUCUAGCUACUACUCUAUUAUUCUGUUGGCCGCCGUCGCGUUGGCCACCCAAAUCUGCCUCACCUUGGGACAAGGUUCGAUCGGCAGUGGGACUGCCACUCUGUUCGUCGCCUUGGCCGAAGAUCCUCAGACCAUGGCUCAAAAGGAGCCUCAGCUGUUCGAGCUGAUCAGGCGGUCGUACCCUCGAGUCGUACAAGGUGUUGCAUGA